AUGCAAAGACUUAUGACUACUCGUGUGAUGUCCAAUGGGCUACGCCCCAACCUGGCGACGUGCUCGCUGGCUCUGUCGCCGGCUCUUCGCAGAGCUUACCACCCCAGAGUCAUCGACCACUACACCAACCCUAGAAACAUUGGGUCUAUGGAUAAGAAGCUCCAAAACGUGGGCACGGGGCUGGUGGGCGCGCCCGCGUGCGGGGACGUGAUGAAACUGCAGAUCCAGGUCAACGACGAGACGGGUGUGAUCGAGAACGUGAAGUUCAAGACGUUUGGGUGCGGGUCUGCGAUCGCGUCCAGCUCGUACAUGACGGAGCUGGUGCGUGGCAAGACGUUGGACGUGGCUGCGCAGAUCAAGAACACCGAGAUCGCCAAGGAGCUGAGUCUGCCCCCGGUGAAGCUGCACUGCAGCAUGCUGGCCGAAGACGCGAUCAAAGCUGCGAUCAAGGACUACCAGUCGAAGCGCAAGGCCACCGUGCUGAAGUAG